GUUUUAGUAAGUUCAAGAUUAAUUAGUGUUGUUUUGUGUGUUUUUUUAUUGUUGAGGAAAUAAGUUUCAUUCAUAAAGUGUAGUUCAAAAGUGUAAGUGGGAAAUUUAAAACGUUACUUAAGUCGGCAAAACGUUUUAAAUGAAGAAUAAGGAAGAACAGGGAUAUAGAAAUCCAGCCUAUAUAUAUGAUGAGGGACAGGGCGGUAACGGACCGGAUACUCGAUCUUCCUCCUCAUCAUCCUCUCGCUCUAGUAUGAAGAUGAUCGGGGACAAGCUCCGCUCACAGGGCCGGACGCGCUGGGCGUUCCUGGCAGCCAUCAUUAUUGUAGCAGUCAUCAUUAUCGUCGGCAUCACCGUCGCUAUCUACUUUGCCAGAAACGGACAGGAUUCCGACACCGAGGCGGUGACAACAGUGGUGGGUUCGCGGGACGGAGAAGGCCGUACUCCUCUGUCCACCCGGAAGUCUCCUGUGCCGACCACAUUGUCUAUCACGUUUGGCUCCCAGACAACACAGGAGGCUCCUACGCUGAAGCCAUCAACACAACCACCAACAACACAACAGCCCAUCACAGAAAAAUAUACUACACACAAGCCGAUGACAAAACAGCCAACUACACAAAACACGACUACACAAAGGGCGACUACACAAAAACCUACGAUGCAAAAUCCCUCUACACAAAAACCUACGAUACAAAAUCCGACUACACAAAAACCUACGACACAAAACCCGACUUCACAAAAACCGAUUACACAAAGGCCAACAACACAAAAACCAACAACACGUUCGCCUACUGUGGAAACUACUACAGCGAUACCUACUACUGCACCAUCUCCUGUCGAGCCUACAGAUCCAAGAACGCCGACGACGACGGUCCAAUCUACUAGUAUCUCAAAUAACGAACAAACAGGAAAUGAGUCUACAAAUGCAACACAAAGUCCUCCCACUAUGACCACGUCUCACAACUUGACUGUGUCAAUGAGCAAUAUCCUCUACAACCCAACUGACGUCACCUCUCUGACGCUGUUCUGCGAGGGGAGCCACAGCGGCGCAUUCGAGUCCCUGGCCAUCCACAAGCAGUUCAAGGACGGGUACGAGGCGAUCGCCCUAGCCGUCUUGGGGGAGGAGGGCGCUGUGGAGGUGAUCAAGUUCCUUCCGAACAUGACCCACCUCGUGUCUGUCAACGACAAUCGCGUCUCCCUCACACUUUACCUCGACCCCUUCCGCUGUAUAGAUAUCACAAACUACACGUGCACCAUUGCAAACAAAGAGCAUGUGGCCAAAGCAACUGCACUGGUACAAAUUUUCAUGCCCGAGCCCUAUAUUAAGGUUCCCCACUCUAUUGUGGAGGACAAGGAGGUGAAACUUAGUUGUUUGGCCGACGUCUGGGGAACCAAUGGCGCCAUUGUGUGGAAAUUUAAACCAGAAUCCACGACAAAGUUUAUGGAUUUUAGUGUUGCUCCUGUCAACAAACUUAGUUAUAACAAUUGCACUACAGUUAUAAACAGUACCCUGACAUUUAAUGUUACACUUUUCGAGCAUGGUGCUACGUUUCGCUGCGAGGUCGUGCAAUUGUGGGAUGAUCCAAAAGUUAUCCAGACUACCACUAGUGACGUCACAAUAAAGGUCGUCCCCGCGGAUUAUUGUAUCGGGAAAAGACUGAACACAAUCUACCCCCAUCCAGAUGGACCUUGUACACUGGUUGUGUUCUGUGUUAGCACCGGACCACUUGUGUUUGAAAUUGAGUGCGAACCCAAUCAAUGUUAUGAUUACGUAAAGACUGCUUGUGUACCACGUGACACGGGUUAGACUACACGAACUAUAGCUUUUUUAAAUCUACAGCAUACGGAUACGGUGCUGUGAUAUCUAUCAGCGGGGAACCCGUGUAGCUCGGCUUGCACACGAAACUUCCCCCGAGUGGGAUUGGGUAGUGUUUUUACGGGUGAUGCACUUGCGGAUGUAUACAGGUAUUUUGUCAUGGUUUAAUGUGAUGGCUAUAUCUGGAACAAAUAAUACAAGUCCAUACUUCAACAAUCAAACACAAGCUGAAACACUAUGACAGCGGUCGUAUGUCUAUAUAAUAUUGUUUGUUUAUUUUUUGUCAAAUCAUAUCUGUAAUUAAUGUCUUGUGUUUUUUUUGUAAUUAUACGGUUGCAUAGAUACAUAUUGCACGUGCACCUGUAGUUUAAUAUAUACUUUCUUUCAUCUAUAUAUUUAGUUCGUAUGUGUUUCUCAAGAAAGAAAUCUUGCUGGUUCAAAUUUAAAACAUGACACAUAAAAAUGCUACAUGUCACGCCUAUAACUUUUAUUAUCUCAAGAAUUCAUUUGUAUUCGAUGGACGUGUUAAUGUUAUCUUUAUGCAUGUUUAACCUGGUUUGCCCAAGGGUUAUUCGGCAAUGUGGCAUAGACUGGUAUAAUGUAAAAUAGUUAUUUACAUGAUUUUUAUUUGACAAGAAUUUUUUUCUAAAAUCGAAAUAGUGUUUCGAAUCAAUCAUGAUUAUAAUUAAGUGUUUCUGCCAAAUUUGUAAAUAUUGUUUAAGAUUUAUGGCUUUGUUUCUCUACAAAAUGACAUGUUGUUUGAAGAACGAGAUGAAUGUUAACAUGGAUGUUUUGACAGUGCUAACAAACCAGUCUUUAUUCAAUAUUUUGUGUUCGUAAUUCUAAACGCUAUAUUGCUACAAUUAUUCAAGUAAACCAUGCAUCGAUAUACCAUAAAAAGCGAAAACUUAAUUUGUUCAUAGAUUACUCGCAUUGUCUGUCAUUGGAUGUUUAUAUCGGUUGUGGCAUAGGAAACGGAGGUAGAAAACGUUUGAGUUGAGAGUGACUUGAACCAAUUGAGGGCUCAGGAACACGUUUGAGUUCUGAAGAAUGCUUGAAACAAUUGAAACACGGACCAAGAUACAGAAAAAAUGUCAAUACUCAUGUGUAAACAAAGAUUGAUAAUUCAAUGCUUACAUAACCAUUGUGUGGUUCAAGGCGGUAAUAUUUAUUUUGCUUUGUUGCGUACACUCAUUUUACGACAAAAACAGCAUUAUUUGAAACUCAUGCCGCAUGCGUUGUAUUUUUUGUAAUGACAAAGAACAGAAUUAAGAACGCUGUAUGCCUGUGUUUCAUGUUAUUUACAUAAUGUGUCUGGUGACAUUGUUAUUGUUACAAGCAUUACAUUUAUAGCGUUCUUGUGAACAAAAAAUAAUAUUUCAGUAUCGUUCUCAGCCAAACUGAAU